AUGAAACACGUCCGCAGGUCUUGACCGGCGACAACUGUUCCCCCAGAGCCCGCCGAAUGUCACUACCGUCAUUCUAUCACUCCAGCAACCCGUCCUUCGCGCCGCAAGCUCCUCAUCGUUCCACAGGAUGUUCUCUAAGCCACUCCUCAUGGCAGCACUGGCGAUCGGCUCACUAGUAAUGUCAGCUUUAGCCGCCCCGAAGCCCCAAAGCACGAACCUACCGUGCUGCCCAGCUCAACUGCCUUGCCCCUUCCACCGCAAAUGCCCGAUUCCCCAGAUUUCCCCAGACUGUCAACAAUGCUCGUCAACGUCCACGACUACGACUACGACGACGACACCUGUGUAGCAGUUCUGAUGUGCUUCGAUCUAGACAAUCUAUAUGCAGUGACGAUACACGAGACAUGAUGAGCUACCAAAUUCAAAAGGGUAUGAAC